AUGGGAUCGAACUUCCAACUUUUCAUGUCCUUUUUGCUGUGGGGAGGAGUGGGACUGGGCUCUCCCUGGGUUGUCUGGGGGCGUUCUGCCGGCCGCACCUUGCUGGGGACUCACCCCGUGGAGGUGAGGUGUCAUGAGGCCCAACUGGCUGUCACUGUCCAGCGGGAUCUUUUCGGCACCGGGAAACUCAUCCGGCCCCAGGACAUCACCCUGGGUCCCUCACUCUGCCGGCCAGUGCUGGCCCUGGAGGAGGAGAUCAGGUUCGAGGUUGGGCUCCACAAGUGUGGGAACAGGCUACAGGUGACUCCGGACGCCCUAGUUUACAGCACCUUCCUGCUCCAUGUUCCUCGGCCUGCUGCCAACCUGUCCAUCCUGAGAACAAGCCCUGCACGCAUCCCCCUGGAGUGUCGCUAUCCCAGACAAGGCAAUGUCAGCAGCCGGGCCAUCCUGCCCACAUGGGUGCCCUUCCACACCACUAUGUCUGCCUCUGAAAAACUGGCCUUCUCGCUGCACCUGAUGGAUGAUGACUGGAGUGGGGAGAAGGUCACCCCCACCUUCCAGCUGGGAGACCAUGCUCACCUGGAGGCCCGUGUCCACACUGGAAGCCACGUACCACUUCGGCUGUUUGUGGAUUCCUGUGUGGCCACACCUACACCUGACCAGUGGGGUUCCCCAUCCCACAUCAUCGUGGACUCCCAUGGCUGUCUUGUGGAUGGGCUGUCAGAUGCCUCUUCAGCCUUCCAAGCCCCCAGACCCGGACCUGAGAAGCUUCGUUUCACUGUGGAUGUGUUCUACUUUGCUAACGACUCCAGGAAUACAGUGUAUAUCACCUGCCACCUGAAGGCCAUCCCCGCUGACCGGGACCCUGAUCCCCAGCACAAGGCCUGUUCCUUCAAUAAAGCUUCUGGCAGCUGGUCCCCAGUAGAGGGCUUUGAGAAUAUCUGUGACUGUUGCACUGUGGGGGACUGCGGGGCCCCAGUGUUCCCUGAAAACAUGACAGGACCAAUGUGGCAGCAGGACCCGAUUAGCCGCACUCGAAGACACGUGACUCAGGAGGCUGACGUCACCUUGGGCCCUCUCAUCUUCUUGGGCAGGGCUGGGGACCACGGCGAGGACCCCUCUCUGCAUGGCUCCCUGGCUCUGGCCCUUGGCCUGGCUGCCCUGGCCUCUGUCAUUCUGGCUGCCCUUGUUCUGACCCUCAGCAGGGCACGACCCAUGUCCCCUGCUAAGGCCCAGCGCCCCGGGCAUGCGCGCCAGAACACUCGGAAGCUGCGACGCCGUUUCACUCGGGCUGCCGCUGCCGCCUCAGUGAGCCGUGUCCAGGCCGAGGCGGAGCCGGAGCCAGAGCCGCGGCCGGAACGCGGUCCUUCGCCCCUUCUCGGUGAGGCCCGUCUGCUGGGUGCCGGGCUUAGGGUUCCCGGGUCUCGGGGCGCGGGGAAGAAGAGCCUGCGAGCUUGGCCCGGAAAGGGGCGGGCCGGGCCCCGGGCCGUGCCGGAGCCGAGAGAGUGA